AUGGAUGAGAACCUUUACGACGAGUUCGGAAACUACAUCGGACCGGAAAUCGCGUCCGAUGAGGAAGAAGAAGAGGAAGAGGAUGAGCAGGAACAGGAACUAGCAGACGGCGAAGGAGCAGGAGGCGAAAUGAUCGGGAUGGAAGAAGACGAAGAGGAGCCGGAUAACGAGGGAGCGGUGAUAUUAGCCGAGGAUAAAAAAUACUACCCGACGGCGAUCGAGGUGUACGGCGAGGACGUCGAAACCCUAGUCGAGGACGAAGACGCUCAGCCGUUAGAAGAGCCGAUCGUCAAGCCGGUCCGGCAGUUCAAAUUCGAGGUGGCAUCGAAAGGCGUGCUCGCAACGUACGUGUCGACGGAGUUCAUCGUCGGAUUGAUGAAAAAUCCAACUCUGGUCCGAAACGUCGCUUUAGCAGGUCACCUUCACGCGGGAAAAACCCUUCUCAUGGAUAUGCUGGUCGAAGCGACUCAUCCUGACGUCGCCACGUUGAAUCCGGAGAGUCAGCGGCACAUGCGGUUCACAGAUACGCGCGUGGAUGAACAGCAGCGGAUGAUCAGCAUUAAGGCGGUUCCGAUGUCGCUCGUGCUGGAGGAUUCGACGGGGAAGUCGUAUCUGUGCAAUGUGGUGGACACGCCCGGGCAUGUGAACUUCUCGGAUGAGAUGACGGCCGGAAUGCGCCUGGCGGACGGCGUGGUGCUGGUCGUUGACGCCGUGGAAGGGGUCAUGGUGAACACGGAGCGAGCACUGAAGCAUGCGUUGCAGCAGGGCCUGGCCAUCACUCUCUGCAUCAACAAGGUGGACCGGUUGAUAACUGAACUGAAGCUGCCCCCCCCAGACGCCUAUCACAAGCUGCGCCACACUCUAGAGGAGGUCAACGCCCUCAUCGCCUCCUAUGCUCCCGCCGCCAUGGCCGCCCGAACCUCCGGCUCAGGCUCGGCAAUCGUCUCGGCAGCCAUGCCUUCUGAAGCUCCCCAGCUGGACCCGGUCCUGGGAAACGUCUGCUUCGCCUCUGCCGCUGCUGGCUGGUCUUUCACCCUGCUUUCCUUUGCCAAGCUUUACACCCAAACUCACGGGGUAAAUUUCGAUCCUGAACAGCUCGCGAAGCGGCUGUGGGGUGACCUGUACUACCACCCCGACACCAGAACCUUCCGAAGGAAGCCGCCCGCCGGCGGCGGCGAGCGGACGUUUGUGACGUUUGUCCUGGAGCCGCUGUAUAAGCUGUACUCUCAGGUGGUCGGGGAGCAUAAGAAGAGCGUAGAGGCUACUCUAGGCGAGCUAGGGGUGUCUCUCCGUCCCUCCACCUACAAAAUGAACGUGAAACCGCUGCUGAAGGCGGCUAUAGGGGCGGUUUUAGGGGGCGGCGCAGGGGGUUUGGCUGAUAUGAUCAUCCGGCAUUUGCCGUCCGCUAAGGUUGCUGCUCCAGUGAAGGUCCAGACGACGUACACCGGCCCGCUGGUGGGCAAACGGGCGGCUGCGAUGCUGUCCUGCAGCGCGAAGCGACGAGGGCCGUUGAUGGUGCAUGUGACGAAGCUGUACCCGAAACCGGACUGCUCGGCGUUUGAUGCACUAGCGAGAGUCAUGUGUGGGACUCUUAGGACUGGGCAAACGGUUAGGGUUUUGGGAGAGGCGUAUUCGCCGGAUGAUGAAGAGGAUAUGGCAGUGAAAGUGGUUACUAAGCUGUGGUUAUACCAGGCUAGGUACAGGGUGCCGAUUUCGUCUGCUCCGGCUGGCUCCUGGGUGCUUAUAGAGGGAGUGGACGCGUCUAUAACGAAGACAGCGACCCUCUGUGAGGAGUUCGGGCAGCAGGGGGGGUACGGGGGUGCGGAGGACGAGGAGGAGGAGGAGGCGGGGGGGAAGAAGGGCGGAGUGGGAGCAGGAGGCCGGUGGGGAGCAGGAGGAGGAGAGGAGGAAGAAGAAGAGGAGGACGACGAGGACGUGUUUAUCAUCGCGCCACUGAAAUUCAACACGGUGUCAGUUGUCAAGGUGGCGACAGAGCCGCUGAACCCGUCAGAGCUGCCCAAGAUGGUGGAGGGGCUGAGGAAGAUCAGCAAGAGCUACCCGCUGGCCGUGACACGCGUGGAGGAGUCAGGCGAGCAUACAGUGCUGGGGACAGGGGAGCUGUUCCUGGAUUCGGUGAUGAAGGACCUGAGAGACCUGUUCUCUGAGGUGGAAGUGAAGGUGGCAGAUCCGGUGGUGUCCUUCUGUGAAACCGUCGUGGAAACUUCCUCCCUCAAGUGCUUCGCUGAGACUCCCAACAAGAAGAACAAGAUCACCAUGAUCGCGGAGCCCAUGGAGAAGGGGUUAGCAGAGGACCUUGAGAGUGGCGCAGUGUCCCUGGACUGGCCGAAGAAGCGCAUGGCGGAGUUCUUUCAGACCAAGUACGAUUGGGACCUGCUGGCCGCCCGCUCCAUCUGGGCCUUCGGUCCCGACCGACAGGGUCCUAACAUCCUGGUUAACGACACUCUCCCCAGCGAAGUAGACAAGAACCUGCUGGCUGCUGUCAAGGAGUCGGUUAUCCAAGGCUUCCAGUGGGGAGCACGUGAGGGCCCCUUGUGUGACGAGCCCAUGAGGAAUGUGCGAUUCAGGCUGUUAGACGCUCUGGUGGCGCCGGAUCCUCUGCAGCGGGGAGGUGGACAAGUCAUCCCCACAUCCCGCCGCGUGGCUUAUUCGGCUUUCCUCAUGGCGUCGCCUCGCCUCAUGGAACCCGUUUACUUUGUGGAGAUCCAGACCCCUGCGGACUGCAUGUCUGCAAUCUACACGGUGCUCUCGCGCCGUCGGUGCCACGUGACGGGCGAUGCAGCCAAGGCCGGCACUCCUGCUUACAUUGUUAAGGCCAUCCUCCCAGUGGUCGAGUCCUUUGGUUUUGAGACAGACCUGCGCUAUCACACGCAGGGGCAGGCCUUCUGUGUGUCUGUGUUUGACCACUGGGCGGUGGUGCCGGGGGACCCUCUCGACAAGAGCGUCGUGCUGCACCCGCUAGAGCCGGCUCCCGCUCAGCACCUUGCGAGAGAGUUCAUGGUCAAGACGAGGCGGAGAAAGGCGUGGAACGCUCUCGGCGCGAUCGCGAUGUCCGUUAUAGCGCGUGCUUCCCGCAAAUCCGCGGUGUUGCGCACUGCAUGCUUCCGCCUUGCCUCGCCCGCGAUCGCGUGGGGGGGAUUCUCGUCCGCCGCUGCUGGCGCAUCCCCUGCUUCCGCUUCCGCCUCUCCCGCCAACGCUUUCGCCUCUUCCGCCGAUGUCUCCGCAGCAGUCGCGGGUGACCAUGGCACUCGACGCGUGCCAGGCGAAGCCGCGGCGUCAAGUGGGAGAGUCGCGUCGGCGAGCGUUGAUGGCGAAGAGGUGGCGAAGUUUGAGGCUCUCGCCAGCCAAUGGUGGGACCGCAGGGGCCCUCACGCUCCCCUACAUGCCAUGUCAGCUGCCCGCGUGGCGUUCGUGCGUGAUGCCAUGUGUCGGCACUUUGGUCUGAAUGCAGAGUUGGCUCAACCCCUGAAAGGGCUCAGAGUGCUCGAUGUGGGCUGUGGGGGGGGGCUGCUAUGUGAGCCGCUGGCUCGCCUGGGAGCGACAGUGACAGGCGUUGAUGUGACACGUGUCAACACACAAGUGGCUGCUGCUCAUGCUGCAAGGGACCCGAUCACCCGAUCCAUAUCUUACAAGUGCAUCUCUGCAGAGGAACUUGCAUCACAGGGGGCUACUUUUGAUGCAGUGCUCUCAUUGGAGGUGAUCGAGCAUGUAUCGGAUCCUGCUGCUUUCAUCCGUACCCUGACCUCUCUCUGCCGGCCCACUUCCUCCCACUCCUCAACACCACCAUCAACACCACCAUUAACACCACCACAGUCAACCUCCUCCUCUGCUCCCUCCCCCCUCGCCGCAAACUCUCCUCCCUCCUCCCCUUCUCCACCCUCCUCCCCCUCUCCACGCUCCACUCCAUCUGACGCAUCCCCAUCUCAACCUUCCUCUUCACAACCCUCCUCAUCACAACCCUCCAUAUCCGCGGCAACACCCGCACCUGCACCGCCAUCCCCACCCCCUCCCGGCAAACCCGGAAGCGUGCUCUUCCUCUCCACUAUCAAUCGCACUGCUCGCUCCUUUGCCCUCGCCAUCGCCGCCGCUGAGUACAUCCUCUCUAUAGUACCCCGGGGCACUCACGACUGGAACAAGUUCAUCACCCCUUUGGAACUUGCCCUCAUGCUGCGACGAGCCGACUUCCAGCUGGCAGAGACACGUGGCAUGGUGUACGACCCAAUCAGCAACAGGUGGGAUCUCUCUAAAGAUGACGUGGCAGUGAAUUACAUUGCCAUGGCCACUCGUGUGGAGGAAUAG